UGAUCGACUUGCAGACAAGAAAAUAUCUGUAGGCUUAGUUUUAGUAUUCCCUUUUCGGUUUCAAAAUUCAAAAUUAACAAAUGGCAUUAAGACAGCAGAUAAUGAAUAUGGCUCAUUUCCGGGCCAAAACGUGGAGUUCUAAGAGCCUGUCCAGCAAGCCGGCCAAGUCCUCCUUCGCCAAGUCGAUGAAGCCCCUCAAGGAGUUCAAGCGCUCGCGGAUUCCGAAGAUCAGUGUUGUUGGAGCCGGUCAGGUGGGCACGGCGAUCACCUGCAUGCUGCUGCUCCGGAAUCUCACCAAGAACCUGGUCCUCCUGGACAUUAACUACGAGCUGGCCAAGGCGGAGGCACUGGACUUUCAGCAGGCCUCCGCCUUUCUGAACGAUGCACGGGUGGUGCCCUGCGGCGAUAGUGCCAACUCCAAGAACUCCGAUGUGGUGAUCAUUACGGCGGGAGCACGGCCUUCCGGCAAGGAUCGUUCCCGCCUGGCUGCGAUGCAAAAGACCGUCGAAAUCCUCAAGAAGGCGGUGCCCAAGCUGGUGGAGCUCAGUCCCAAUGCCACCUUCAUUGUCAUCUCGAAUCCCGCCGAUGUUAUGACCUAUGCUGUCCAGCGGAUUGGCAAGCUGCCCAAGCACCGCUGCUUCACCACUGGCUGUCACCUGGACACGGUGAGGUUCCGCAACCUGAUUGCAGAUCGCCUUCGCUUGCCUCCCUCCCAGGUUCACGGCUAUGUGAUCGGCGAGCACGGCGCCAGUGCGGUUCCGGUGUGGUCCAGCGUCUCUAUCGCCGGCAUCCGGCUGAAUGAUGUGGUCAAGAGCCUGGCCUGCGGCGAUGAUCCCGAGAACUGGGCGGAGAUCAACGGGCAGGUCACCACCGGCGGCCUCGCGGUGGCCAAAACCAAGGGCUACACCAACUGGGCCGUCGCCCUCACCUGUACGGACAUCGUGCAGGCGAUGUGCGGCGGCAAGGGUAAGAUCGCGUCCGUGGGCACGGACAUGCAGGGCAUGAACGGCAUCAAGGACAACGUGGUGCUAUCACUGCCCUGCCUGGUCACCGCCGGUGGCAUCAGCCACGUGUUCGAGCUGCCCCUCACGGAUGUGGAACAACGCAAGCUGCUGGCCUCCGCCAAUGUCCUUCUGGAGGCGCAAUGCUCUCUGGAUCUUUGAGCAGUACGUCAUUAUUCAUGAUUGGCCAAGCCAAAGGAUAUUAAGAAGUCCUUGAACAAUGAUUUAGCUGAGCUUCUGAAGGACUCUAUUAAGAUACUUAAGUAUACUGAUGGUUUGUUGAAAGAGUAUGGUAUUAUUUGAUGGUAUUAAGAAGAUCGCCGCUUUAAAAGGUGAUCCGAAAUAUUUAUGUAUAUUGUAAAUAUACCUUUUGGAAAUGACAAAAUCUGAAAAACGUGGACCUUCUCUGUUCCAUAAAUAGAAUGUUAGCCACAUUAUUGUAUUUAGACAAGUAUUAUACAUUUUUACCAAAGCACUAAAUAUAAAAAACAAGCACUUCUUACUGCA